CUCCGGAGCCGGGGCACACCAUGCCAAGUUCCCUCCACUACCAGCGCGUCGGUUCCUCCACUGAAUCCAGGAGCAACCGAACAAAGCAACCGUUCUCUCUUCCUUCCUCACUUUGUUUCAGCGAAAGCAACCGUUCUCAAAACACAAGAAGAAACCAGAGCAGAUUUUUCACGCCAGCAAGCGAUCAAACCCAAGCGAUCGAUCCUCUGUGCUACUAUUACGUGCCAUGCCACGCAGAUACGGCCAAGUCUCGAGCGGCAGCGGGGAGGAGAGCGCGUCAUGGUCAUGGAGAUGGCGAGCGCGAGGAGGCGGGCGAGGCAGCUCAGCGGCGACCACGCCGUGCUCUGGAGCGCCUGCGUCCUCCUCUCCGCCGCCUCGCUGCUCCUCGCCGCCACCCUCUCCUCGGGCUUCGGGGCCGCCAGGCUCGCCGGGGAGGUCAGCGUGGUCGUCAGGGCACGCGCCGGCGCCGUCGUCUUGACGACGGACGGAGACGCCGCCGUCGACAACGCCCGCCGGUACUGCGGCCACGUUGAUCACGACGGCAUGUUAACCGACGGCGAGUGGGUGCGCGAGGAAGCGGGCGUGGCCCCCCUGUACGACUCGAGGGAGUGCCCUUUCGUCGACGUGGGGUUCCAGUGCCGGGAGAACGGCCGGCCGGACGACGGGUACGCCAGGUGGAGGUGGCGUCCGAGGCGCUGCGAGCUCCCGAGGUUCGACGCCGAGAAACUGCUGGAGGUGCUCCGGAACCGCCGGCUGGUGUUCGUCGGCGACUCGAUCGGGCGCAACCAGUGGGAGUCGAUGCUCUGCAUGCUCUCCUCCGCCGUCGCCGACGCCGGGGCCUCGGUGCGCGAGGAGCACGGGAGCCCCAUCACCAAGCACAAGGGCUUCCUCUCCUUCCGGUUCCUCCGCCACAACCUCACGGUGGAGCACUACCGGUCGCCGUACCUGGUCCGGCGCGGCGGCCGCCCCCGCCGCGCGCCCAGGCACGUCCGCUCCACGCUCCAGCUCCGCGCUAUGGACUCCAGGGCGCACCUGUGGAAGGGCGCCGACGUGCUCGUCUUCAACUCCGGCCACUGGUGGAACCACGACCGGCUCCAGCAGCUGCAUUGCUACUUCCAGGAAGGCAAGAGGCUGAGGCUGGACAUGAGCGUGGAGGCGGCCUACCAGAGGGCCAUGGACACAGUGCACGAAUGGGUCCAGAAGGAGGUGGACGGCAGCAAGACCCUGGCCGUGUUCAGAACCUACUCGCCGGCGCACAAUAGGGGCACAAAUGGCGGGAGCUGCGGCAAGGAGACGCUGCCGGAGCUGAACAUGACCGGAAUCUCGCUGGGCCGGUGGCCGGGAAUGCUGCAGCCGGCGUUUGGGGGACCGGAAUCGGCCGUGGUGAGGGACCUGCGUGUGAUGAACGUGACGCUGAUGACGGCGCACAGGAGGGACGGCCACCCGGCGGUGUACAAUGUGGAGCCGUCGGCGAGGAUGCUGGUGGGGCAGAGGGAGGACUGCAGCCACUGGUGCCUGCCCGGUGUGCCCGACGCGUGGAACGAGCUCCUCUACGCCAUGGUUCUCGCCAGGCUUUCUUAGACGUUCUCUUGACUGACGUGUAUGUACAUUUACUUCGCAUUUGGAUUUUUUGUUUCUUUUCAAAAAGGAGUAAUUAUUCACCUAGAAUUUACAAAGUAGUAAUACAUUAAUAAGUUUGAAGCUACCAUUGGCAA